CUGCUGUCCUGGCCAGGUGGAGAUGUCCACCCAGAGAUGGGCACACUGAUCAUCCCAAAUGUGUUAGGGCUGGCUUUGAUCUCUCUGCCUUCUCUUCCUCUCGUUCCCAAGCUCCCCUCUCCUCUUCAGCACAAUGGCCUGCCAAGAGAGCGAGUACCUGGAUGACCAGAAGAAAUGUGUCCCCUGCAGAAAGUGCAUGCCUGGGCAGGAGCUUUCCAAGGACUGCGGCGAUGGCAGCGGCGGGGACGCGCAGUGCGUGGCCUGCCCGCCCAGGAAGUUCAAGGACCGCUGGGGACAUCACGGCUGCAAGCCCUGCCUGUCCUGUGCCCUCAUCAACCGCCUCCAGAAGUCCAACUGCACAGCCACGGCCGACGCCGUCUGCGGGGAGUGCCUGCCGGGGUUUUACAGGAAGGCACGGAUCAGCGGGCAGCUGGAGUGGGAGUGCAUUCCCUGCACCAAGCAGACGCCAUCCUCCGAGCCGCAGUGCCGGUCCAGAACAAACCUGGUGAAGGUCGCUGUCCCUACUGUACCACCACAGGACACAGCCCUUCUUGCUCUGACCAGCAGUGCCCUGGUCAUCAUCGUCUUGGUGCUUCUGGCGCUUUCCAUCAUCUACUGCAAGCGAUUCUGGAAAAGCCAGUGCCAGAGAGUCUUCCUGAGGACACAGAACUUCUCAGGCCAGCGAGCAACGUUCCCAACUGCAGCCACACCCGGCAGGUUCCUGUGCGAGGAGCAGAUGUCUGGACCCUGCUGCCUGGGCGUGAAGAAUUUGAGCCCUUGCUACAGGCAGGCAGAAGGCCCUGUGGAAGCGGUGCAGUUCAUUUCAGAUGGGGAAGCCGUGGGUCUCCAGCUCCCCUCUCUCCAGCCAGAGAUGGACUUGCCACCAGCCACUGCAGUCAGCACUGCCUCCAAGGCCCAGCUGGGCAGGAGCCUCCUGGAAAGCCAGCCCCUCAUCCGAACCUCGGGCCACGGUGACUGCCUGGACGGGGUCCUGCCGCCCCCCACCCCCAGGCAGGGCCGGCUGGGCACGGUGGAGGCCCUGGCCCCGCUCUCCUCCUGCGCCUCCGAGAUGCAGCACAAGUGGCCACAUGCACCCGUGGAGUGCACUGAGCUGGACCUCCAGAAGUUCUCCACCCAGGCGGAGUUUGUGGGUGGUGAGCGGCUGGAGGAUGCAGCAAGCCGGGCGAUGAAGAGGAUUCCAGCAGAGAGCGGUGCUGUGGUGCAGGAGGGGGCUCAUCACUUGCCCAUGGCUGAAAUCCCACCUGGGGAGCAGCCGGUGGAUGAUGCCCAGAGCCUGGUGACUCAGAUCAGCAGCACGGCCAAAGGUCUCCCCAUAGCAGAGCUGCCCCAUUCCUUGGUGCAGUCGCUUGCCUUCUUGUUGGACCCUUCCUUGAACGGUGUGAAGAACUUCAGCCACGUGGCACUGGAGCUGGGGCUCAUGCCCCAGUUGCUGGGACGGAUUUCGGGGUUCGAGCAGCUGGUCACACACUUCAGCUACGCGGGAGCCGCCGUCACCGUCCCGCUGCUGGCGCAGGCGCUGCAGCGGCUCCAGCGGUUCGACGCCUUGCUCCUGCUCUGCGACCACUUCACACUCAGCCCCACGCCGGACCGCCAGCACUAGAGGACAGGGAGGGACAGAGGAAGCUGCAUGCACUCAUGUGAGAGAGGAUCUGGUGGCCUGCAGUCACAUAACCUCCCUGGUGUGCAUGGCAGGAGCACACAGAGGUGGUCUUUGCAUCAUGGAAUGGAAGGACACAACAGGGGCAUCUCUGCACAGGGGUUCCAGGAAGCACAGCUGUGCCUUUUCCCUGCUCCUGGGGGAGGGCUUACUCAGGCCCCUCCAGAGGCUGUUUUUCUCUGGCUGUGACACCUUUGCCUGUCAGUCAUUAUGCUGCCUGUGCUGUGGUGCUCUGGCUCUGCAGUGAGCCCUCUCCUGCCCCACUGUUGCCACAGGGCUCCCUCAGCCAUGGGGCUCUGUCUUUGUGGGCAGUGUCCUCCUAUGGACCCAGCCAUCUUCUCCCUUCCAUUCCAGCUUUCCCAUCCUUCCUCUGGCCCAUGCUCUGCUUUCCUGGGUGCCAGCUGCCACCUUCUGUUUACUUUUCAGUUGCUUCUCUCCCUCUGUGUUGCAAUUUCCUUGGCAGAUGACCUGGCCAUGGCUGAUGUGCCAGGCUCCAGCCUUUGUCCCUCUGUGCCACCCUGGCACCUUCCUCUCAUGUUCAUUUGUGGUGCAGUGUAGCAUCCUGGCACAAGUUUCAGACAGGUUCCCAAGAUGAGCUGAUGUAAAUCCUCGUUGGGCUGUGGCUGUUGGCUGUGGGCAGGCGCAGGCUCACCCCAGCCUCGUGGCUGUUCCCUGCCCAUCACCUCCAAAGCUUCACAAACCGCCUGUGGUGGCACAGGGUGUCAGGGGCAGGGGCACUGUGCCGUGGGUGGCAGCUGAGAGCUGAAGCUGUGACCGGUCACAAGCAGCAGUGACAU